AUGAAAAAAACCUCAGCUUUUAUGUCAUUUUUUCAAACUCUUCUCUUUUCUUGUUUAUUUCUCCAACUCACUAUAUCCUCUACUCAAAUGAAUGAUAUAGUUCUUGAUGAUUUGGUGGAUGACAUGUGCAAAAAGACACCAAAUUUCGACCUAUGCAGCUCAACUAUACAUUCCAAUCCUCAAGCAGGCAAAAGUGAUGCAAAUGAAGGUCUUGUGAAAGAAAUCAAAGAUCCUGAAUUGCAAAGAAAAUAUGUGAGUUGUGCUGAGACAUACAUUCCAUUAGAGAAAACCAUACUUCCACAAGCAGUUGAUUCUAUAAACAAAAAAAAAUAUGGGCUUGCCAUUUACUCUAUGGGUUAUAUUGGAAAAGAAAUUGAUUCUUGUAACAAGAAAUUCUCAAAUGGUUCACCCUUGAAUGAGAAAACUGGCAGUUUACACCAGUUGCUUGAUAUUGGAACAGCCGUUUUAAAACAAUUAUAA